AAACGUCGCAACAUCCAUCAAAAUGCCACAAUCAGACUGCCAAGUAGGCCAACGCAGCUACCUACCUCAGUCAAGUCAAUGCUCGGAGUGCAGCGCAGCAAUCACUUCAUGACUCCCGACGGCAUCCGUAAUGAGGCAGAGGUGGCGGGCGGCAUUCCGGCUUCGCAAUAUCAAGUCGCACGAUGGUGAUCCUUUGACAGGUGCGCAUGCCGUCCCGCUGAUGGCGCGACAGGUGCUUUCUUGGAGAAAGUCAACUUGCUAGUCCGAAAUGCAAAUGAACUGGUUGCAGCUCAUGAAGGCAGAGUCACGAGUGUCAGACGCAAGAGCGGCCCGAUGCAGGCGACAAGCACCCCCACCCGCGUCCACGCUAGGCUCGAGGCGCGUACAAGGUCAUCUCAUCCUCUUUACCUUGGCUUCGCGCAAAGCGUCAGCAACUCUUUGCUUCUCAGUCCCUCACCAUCACACCACAACACACCGCGGGGCAGAAGGAGGAUUGAUUGUGGCGAGCGACCUGCCUCGUAUCGCUUGUCACACACCUGGCCGCUGUACGUCGGCCUUCAUCUGCCAACCGCACCUCGAGCUCAUUAUUUAGCAUGAUGGACCCACGCGGCUCUUCUCUCGACCCUUGCAACGCUCGCGGCACCUGAUCUGGAGCAAAGCAUAAGUUAAACAAGUCCCUAGACCGUACAUUACAAGUGCAAAAAGACCAUUCUGCUGGCCCCGCACCUCACGGCCUCACGAAAACCUGGAGCACAAAAAGUGCGCCCCGCCCGGCUACGCUCUCUCACCUCGAC